AUGCUGAGCCUGGGGGUGCUGACUCUGGGGGUGCUGUGCGCGGAGGUGCUGAGCCUGGGGCCGGGGGGUGUUGUGCCUGGAGGUGCUGGGUCUGGGGGUGCUGGGUCGGGAGCUGCUGAGCCUGGGGGUGCUGAGCUGGGAGCUGCUGAGCCUGGGGGUGUUGCGUCUGGAGCUGCUGAGCCUGGGGUUUCUCCUGCUGCUGCGUCUCUCCGGGAGCCCCUCUCUCCACAGGAGCUGCGCGAGUGGUUCGCUCGCCGCUGGAGGCGUGCUGCUGGAGCUGGAGCUGGAGCUUCUUCGACCGUCGAGGGUGCGGGUGCUGCCGGUCCCGGAGCUGCUGGACCUGCGGGUCCUCCUGGAGCUGGAACUGCUGAGGGCGUUGGUGCUGAGCCUACUGCUGUUGGUCCUGCCGCUGGAGGUGUGGGUGGCGCUGGUGCUGUCGCUGAGGGUGCUGGUGCUGUCCCUGCUGAGUCUGGAGCUGCCGUGCGGCCUCGGCCGUACUUCGUUCCGCUCCUGCAGCAGGUUCUUGGUCUUUCUCCUCCAGUAGAGGGUCCACCGCCUGUCCAGUCGCAGUCCCUGCUGGAGCCUUCCUCUCCACUGCCUGCUCCCUCUCCUUACACUGGUCCUACUGGAGGUCUUGCUGAGCGUCGUGAGCCUGCGUCUCAUCCCGCGUUGCCUGUUCGUGCUGCUCGCGCUAGUGGUCGCAGUUCGCGUCAGCGUCCUCCUCCUGUCCCUGGCACGCACCGGAUGUCUUUGCGUCCGUCCACUGCUCCUCUGCGUGCCCCUUUGCCUUCUCCUCCUGAGUCCUCUCUUCCUGCACUUGCCGACCCUGAGUCGGACUCUCUUCGUGCUGCCAAUCCUACUGUCACGCGUCUGCUUGCUACUGUCGUCACUGACCCCUCUUUUGAGUCCACUGCUGCGUCUGCUCUAGUCGCUGAGCUCGUCGACUUUGCUGCUCGCUGUCGUCUCGACUACGCUGCUAGUCUUGUUGCUGAGUCUGCGUCUGUCUGUCCUCCGUCCGUCGGGGGUGAGUGUGCUCUUGGCACGGACGUCCUAGAGGACAGGCAGGAGGAGUUACAGUGUCUAGCGGCUGCUUCACCUCAUCUCGCGUCUGUACUGCUUGCCCCUGAGGGAGACCCGGAUGCACUAGACAUCCCGACUCCGCGUUCUUACGCGGAGGCCGUAGAGGGUCCCUACUCCUCUCAGUGGCAGGCAGCUAUGGAUGCAGAGAUGGCUUCCUGGAAGUCCACAGGCACCUACGUUGACGCGGUUCCCCCACCUGGGGCGAACAUCGUCAGUGGCAUGUGGAUCUUCAGGGUGAAGCGGCCGCCGGGCUCUCCACCUGUCUUCAAGGCACGGUACGUUGCUCGAGGAUUCAGUCAGCGGCAGGGAGUUGACUACUUUCAGACCUUCUCUCCCACCCCAAAGAUGACUACUCUUCGGGUGCUGCUGCACAUAGCCGCUCAGCGCGACUACGAGCUUCACUCUCUCGACUUCAGCACUGCGUUCUUGCAGGGUAGCCUGCACGAGGAGAUCUGGCUUCGCCGUCCACCUGGCUUCACUGGGACUUUCCCUCCUGGCACCCAGUGGAGCCUCCGACGGCCAGUCUACGGUCUUUGCCAGGCACCGCGUGAGUGGCACGACACACUGAGGACUACGCUUGCGGCCCUUGGGUUUGCUCCUUCUACUGCUGACCCGUCGCUGUUUCUUCGCACCGACACUUCCCUGCCGCCGUUCUACAUCCUCGUGUACGUCGACGACUUGGUCUUUGCCACAGCGGACACUGCUGGACUCGCCUACGUGAAGUCCGAGCUGCUGAAGAGACACACGUGCACAGACCUGGGUGAACUGCGCAGCUACCUUGGCUUGCAGAUCACUCGGGACAGAGCCCGCCGCACCAUUACCUUGACUCAGUCACACAUGGUGCAGCAGGUCCUUCAGCGCUUCGGCUUCACGUACUCCUCGCCUCAGGCCACUCCUCUGCCUACUCGCCACUCACUCUCAGCUCUGCCUUCGGAUGAGUCCGUGGAGUCGAGUGGUCCGUAUGCAGAGCUUGUUGGCUGCCUCAUGUACCUGAUGACCUGCACACGACCUGACCUUGCAUACCCUCUGAGCAUUCUUGCACGCUAUGUUGCUCCUGGGAGACACAGACCAGAGCACAUGGCUGCAGCGAAGAGGGUAUUGCGCUACCUGUGCAGUACGUCGGGCAUGGGGCUAGUGCUUGGAGGGCGGAGUCCAGUGGUCCUUACCGGCCACGCAGACGCUUCUUGGGCUGACGACCAGGCUACGCAGUGGUCGUCACAGGGUUACACCUUCAGCCUUGGUUCCGGCUCUGUCUCGUGGCGGUCUACUCGCUCGUCUUCGGUUCUCGGCUCCAGUUGUGAGGCUGAGAUCUACGCCGGGGCCAUGGCUGCACAGGAGCUUCGCUGGCUCACCUACCUGCUGACUGACCUUGGAGAGCCGCCUCGUUCUCCUCCAGUGCUGUACGUAGACAACAAGGCCAUGCUGGCCUUGUGUCGAGAGCAGCGCUUGGAGCACAGAACGAAGCACAUUGCUCUCCGCUAA